AUGGUAACGGUUACCAGGAAAGAUUUUGUGGCUAUUCCAAAUGUACUGACUUGUGAAGGACGUCCCAUCUACGUGACUGUUGAAGGACGAUGCCCUCUCUGUUGGGCCUGUGGAUCGGCCGGUCAUCUAUUCAAAACGUGUCCUGGGAAGAGUCCGGAAUCGCAACCGGAAAAUACAACGGCCAAGGAAAGCACUGACACAAGUGCCAAAGUAACAAAAAAAAGGUACUGGAGAGUGGACAGAAGUGGUAAAGAAGGGAACAAAGGUUGUAUCCCCCUCACAAAAGCAGCACGUCCCAAAGAAACCCUCUGCAGGAGCGGAAACGCGACCAGCAUCAUCAGCAACAAAAGCAUUAUUUCUUUCUUUCACUCACUUACUCUUACAUUAUUUCUUUCACUCUCUUUCCCAAGCAUUCGUUCUUUCUCUGUCUCUCUCUUUUUCUUGCAGUCGUUCUUUCUUUCACAUUCGUUGCUUCUCUCUCAUUUUUUCUUUCGCAUUCGUUCUCUCUCUCUUUCUCUCGCAUUCGUUCUUUCUCUCUCUUGCAUUCGUUCUUUCUCUCUCUCUCUCUCUCACACAUUCGUUCUCUUUCUCUUUCUCUUUCUCGCGAUUUCUUUCUUUCUAUCUCUUGCUUUCUUUGUUUCUCCCUAUAAAUCUUUCACUCGCUUUCUUUCUCUCUCUCUCACUAUCUUUAUUUCUCUCUCUCUCUCUCUCUUUCUCUCGCUUUCUCUAUCUCUCACUAUCUUUCUUUCUCUCACUUUCUUUCUUGCUGUCUUGCUUUCUUUCUUACUCUCUCUCUCUCUCGCCCUCUGUCUCGCUUUCUUUCUCUCUCUUUCUCGCUCUCUAAAUGUCUUUCUAUCUCUCACUUUUUUCUUUCUCUUUCUGCCUCGCUUUCUUUCUUACUCAAUUGCUUUCUUUCUUGCUCUCUUUCUCGCUUUCUUGCUCUCUCUCUCUCGCUUUCUUUCUCUAUCUUUCUCUCUCUUUCUUGAUUUCUGUUUCUCGCUUUUUUCUUGCCCUCUCUCUUUUUCUCGUUUUUCUCUCUUUCUCUUUCACUCUCACUCGCUUUCUUUCUUUCUCUUUCUCUCACUUUCUCUGCUUCUCUCACUUUCUUUCUCUCUCUUUCAGUCUCUCUCUCUCUCUCUCCCUCACUGA